AGAAGUCUUUCGGUAGAGAGAAAUUGCGAUAACGAUAUAAACCGAGAAAGAUAACAGUUAAGCCUUUCCUCUUGCGUAAUAUAAUUUGAUCCCGAGAAAGAGGAUAAGAAGUAGAGAAACAAAGAGACAGGUAAACCAACAGUAACGAUCUGUAGAGGGAAGCACUGGGACUUGGAACAACUGGAAGAAGGGGCGCAAUGUUCGGCAUGAUCAAGAAUUCGCUGUUUGGGGCCACCGAGGUGACGGAGUACAAACUGCUGAGUAGCGAAACCAAGGAGGGGGUGAAUUAUGAAGUACGACGCUAUGACGCCGCGCGGUACGCCUCUGUGUGCUCUGAGGGGAAGAGCUUUGACCAGGCAGCCAGUGACUGCGUGAAGAGGCUUCUGAUGUACACAGGCGGCAGCAACGAUCGAGGAGAGGGGAUGGGAAUGACGGCGCCAAUCGCCAUAACCGUCUUCACGAGGGACGACGGGGCCAUGUCACGGCGAUUCGUUGUCGGCCUCCGCCUCCCCUCCCGUUACCAGGACAACCCUCCCGCUCCCACUGACAGCUCUAUCAAGAUCGAGGACCGCCCAGGCAUGACCGUCUACUCUCUGCAAUUUGGGGGCUUUGCAGGGGAGUAUGAAUUUCGGAUGGAGGCGUCCCGCCUGACCCGGAUCCUGGGUGAGACUGCCCCAUACCAGCGCAAACAGUACUUCUGCUGCAGCUACGACCCGCCAAUCAAACCCUACGGCCGCAAAAACGAGGUGUGGUUUAUACAGGAGGAACCCUAAGCGAGAAGCAGGGCAUUGGGUUAG